CCAAUGUCAGAAUCUAUAUUUUGUUUAGUAGAUUAAUUUAGAUAGUUAAAGUACAAUUAUUCUGCUUGUUGUUAGUAAUAUUAUUUACUUUAGCUGUAAUUAAAAGAAAAUGUUGAAAGAAUAAUUUUUUGCUAUUAGGUUAUUUACAUAUAGCAAAUGGAGGAGAGCGAGGGUAAUACGAUUUAUAAACUAAAUGGGCUUAAAAAUGGUAUUAUAAAAGACAAUAUAACUGUACUGGACUUGAGCCACAGAAAUAUUACAAAUUUCGACGAACAUAUGAAGUUACCGCCUUAUUUGAAAGAAUUGAAUCUUUCCUAUAACAAACUGGAAAAUGUACCAGAAGCAGUCGUAAAACUUGAAAAUGUCAUAGUUCUGGAUAUAUCCUAUAAUGCAAUCAAAUAUUUCGAUGAUACACCAAAUUUCUGUCAUACUAUAGAAUAUAUAAAUAUAAGUAACAAUAAUCUUCAAGGCCCACCAGCUUGGAUAUGGUUUGAAUUACCAAAAAAACUCUCUAAAUUAAACAUCAGUUCAAAUGAUUGCCUGACUAAUAGUUUUAAAUGUGGCUACUUUGAAGAAUUAAUACAGUUCAAAACAUCUAUAACAGAUAUUAAGAUACAUAACUGUAAAUUAAAUAAUUUUCUACAGCUUCUAGGAACAUUUCCAAAGGCCAAAUCUGUUAAACUAGGUGACAGUAAUAUAAACUACAUUGCAGCUAAUGCUAUUACCGACUUACCUUGUGAAGGUCUCAAAGAGUGCUGUGAUAUAGAAAAAUUAGACUUAAGUUACACUCAUAUAUUUAAUAUAAAACCUAAUGUAGAUGUUUAUAAAAACUUAAUAGAAAUUAAUCUAAGUCAAAAUGAACUUAGCAGUUUUCCUGAUGAGUUUUGUAACUUGGAAAACUUAGAAGUAUGCAUAUUAUCAUGCAAUCAUAUUUUAUAUUUACCAAAUAAUUUCAUAAAAUUAAAGAAACUACAAAUUCUGUGCCUUGAUAGCAAUGAAUUAUGCAUGCUCCCUGAUAUAUGUAGCUUACCACAUCUUAGAAAAUUAGAUUUGUAUGAUAACUAUCUAUGCGAAUUGAUAGAUUUAAGUAGUAUUGAAGAAACAGAUGUAGCACAAAACUUUGUAGAUGAACCAACUGAUGAAGAAUAUUUAAAUAAAAAAGAGAAAUUAAGACUUCAUAUUGUAGGAAGAUGGGAUGGAAGAAAACCAGAAAAUGAUAAACCAGAAAGUGUUUACUCAUCAUCAUUAGAGGAUGAUAAUUUCUAUGUUCAUGAUGAUAAUAUUGAUGCGGAGAAACAAAACCGCCCACCAAGCUCUGUUGAAGACUGGGAUUCUGAUGAAUAUUGGGUUCCAUGCUAUGUUAAUAAAAAUGUCAAACCAUUGCAAUCACCUUGGUUGUAUUUCGUCAAACAAAAGUUGGAGGAAGGCAACUUUUGUCCGAUAGAUAUGCAUGCUGUACCAGUAGCUGAACAAGUAAAUUAUGAAAAAUCUAUCAAUCCACCAAUACAAUAUGAAUCUGAUGGACAGUUCGAUGAUUAUUCCAGCAAUGAUAGUUGACCUCUGGUCAAUUUUAGAUUUUGUAAACUUUGUUUGAAUUUCAGUGCUGAAAAAUUUGUACAAUACCUUAUUGCCUUUUUCUUUGGUACCACAUAGAUAAUCCUUACUUCCUUACUAAUAUAAUAAAUAACUUUUUCGUUUUCACGACAUAAUUGCUGAACCAAUUUAAAUUUU